GUCGUAUAUUUGCUUCGUUUUUAAGUAUCAGAAAGAACUCCACAGGAGUAAGCUUUAUUUAAUGGGUACCACGUCGGUGGCAAACAAACAUGGGGCCCUGACUGGUGGAAAGCAGCCACUGCAGAGAGCUUCCUUCACAUACAUAAUUAUACAUUUCUAAAACUCAAACUUUCCUCAUUUUCCAACUUAAAAUUGUAUUUAUGUGAACUACUUUCCUGGCUAAAUUUAUACUUAAAAUUGGACAUGAACAUUGAAUAUGACCCUAAGACCUCACUUGGCAAGCCAAGGGUGAUAAUUAUGCUAGUUGAGAUUACUUCACUAUUAUACCAUAUUUUGUACCCCGAUGAUCCUCAUGCUUACUUCUGCAAAUUUCUUUCUGAUGCAAAAAAUAACGAAGUACAGAUCUCGUUAAACUAAGUUACGAAGAAAGUAAAGAACAAUUUUAUUUAAUAAUAUUAAUUAAAUUAUUUUCCUAAGGUUAAUGAUUUAACUGCACAUCAAAAUUACUAUAAACCAGCUACAUCCAUAUUAUUAAAUUGGUUUGUAAGUGACAAUUGGAUUAAAACAUGUUUAAUGCCCUUUCCUUGGACACCUAAAUAAUUUAUUAUAUAACAUUGCUUGCACACUGACCAAGCGGUGUAAAAUAUUCUAAGGUUGUCUGCUGAAUGAAUUAAACAGUCAUGAGACAUACUAACAUUAAACUUAAUUUAAUUUUACUGUUUACACUCACAUGUUUAUAAGAAAAAGAAAUAGAGCCUUGCGACUUGAGAAAGGACCUAGACUUUCGGAGAGACCUAGACUCUCCGAAACAUGUCGCGUGAGUGACUAAAAACAUAUUAAAUAUAAAACCAUCCAGAGGACGAAACUUAGCAUUAUGGAUGAAAUUAAGAAAUCUAUUCUUGCAUCAAGUAGCAACAGACGGGUGAAUAAUGGUAAUGGAUAUCUUAAAUAUGCGAGUUUAGUCAUAUUAACGGUUCAGAAUGCCAUCCUCGGGCUCAGUAUGCGAUAUGCCCGCACCCGAGAUGUGGAGAUGUUUUCCUCAGCAGCUGCUGUACUUUUAGCAGAGUUAGUAAAGUUUGUAAUCUGUACUGUUCUUGUGAUGCAUGAGUCAGGCGGUAUUAAGGGAGGAGCCCACUCAAUAUAUUCCACAGUGAUAUUAAAUCUGGAAGACACUCUGCGAGUCUGUGUCCCAUCCUUCUUGUACAUAGUGCAAAAUAAUCUACUUUACGUCUCCGCGUCUAACUUGGAUGCUGCCACAUACCAGGUCACAUAUCAGUUAAAAAUAUUAACAACGGCAUUUUUUGCCGUAGUUGUAUUAAAACGGACUUUAAAAAGGUGGCAGUGGUGUGCUUUGGCAUUACUAGCCAGCGGCAUUGCGCUGGUCCAACUUUCGUCUGAUAAUGGAUCGGGAAAAGUAGCAAAUACACACUUACCACAGCAAUCCAGGAUUCUAGGAUUCGGAGCUGCUUUAGCAGCUUGUUUUAUAUCAGGAUUUGCUGGUAUCUAUUUUGAGAAAGUCUUGAAAGAAUCAGACAUAUCAGUGUGGAUGAGAAACGUUCAGCUAAGCUUGCUGUCGCUACCAUUUGGGACAGUAACUUAUUUAUUAAACGAAGGCUCGUUGAACCACCUUCUCAAGGGUUUCGACGGAUUCGUCUGGUAUUUGGUGAUAUUGCAGGCCGCGGGUGGCCUUAUAGUCGCCGUGGUUGUUAAAUACGCUGACAAUAUAUUAAAAGGUUUUGCCACUUCCGUGGCUAUAGUAAUAUCUUGUGUUGCAUCUAUGUACAUAUUUGAUUUCCACUUGACUUUACAGUUUACUGUUGGUACUGUAUUAGUUAUUGCAUCUAUAUUCCUUUAUGGUUAUGUGCCCAAGAAGAAAGCUGAAGUUCGGACUUCGCUUAGUGUUUAGAAAUUAAACUAAACCUAAAGUGCGUAACGAUAUUUAAAAGCUCAUAGGUAUAACCUUUGUGCUCAGAAAUUAAUACUAGAAUUCAGUUAAUAAUAAAUGCCACUAUGCAAUAUUUAUUUAAUUAUUAAGACGAAAGUGUAGGACCCGUGCGAAAUAGCCUUUUCAUACAAAUGUAGUUCUCAUUUUCCUCUCUGGAUAUUAACAUUAUUGAAAAUAUCUUGACACGAUUUUUUGUAUAUAUUGACUACUAAUUAUUAUAAUAGUUAGGGGCAUUUUAAAACUUGAAUGAAAACUGUGUUUCGCUCCUAAUUUUUACAACCUAAUCAAAAAAUCGAAAAAAGUCAAACGUAUAUUAAUAAACAUCAAAUUACACAAAAUUAUUUUCCAUAAUAUCAAUAUCCACGGAGGAAAAUGGGAACUACGUUGGUAUGGAGAAGCGGCCGUCCGCUUUCCUCUUAAUCUACGUUAUAAGUUUGACUUUAUUUCUUGUAUUGAUAGAAUGAAAACAAGAUUUUGUAUUUUAAUAGAUUCAACGCCUAGUCGUCGCGAGAUAUCCAACCACGAGUGAUUUGCGCGUACGAGAUCUUUAAGGCCGCGUUUCCACUAGACAUGUGCGAGGAUGCGUAGCGAGGGAUGUGUUGGUUAAGAACCAAUAAAAUCACUUCAUAAUUCUACGUAAACAUGAUAUGCCGCGACAAGAAAAUUAUUUUUUUGUCGUAUCAAAAGCCAUAAAAUCCGAGUAUAAUCAGAUUUGAAUUCUUAUCUCAAUUUUAUACAUACAGUCAUGCAAAAAUAUGUAUCGAAAGAAUCGUCUCAUAAAUAUGGCACAACGCUCUUAUUACACUGGAAUAAGAUGCUAUGGGACAUAUUUUUGAGUAAGAUGUGUACACCCAUAUUUUUAGACUUGACUGUACAACAAUUAUGCAUGGUCGUGUAGCUUUAAUAGAAUUCUUUAUAAAUGUCGAGUUCUUUUUUUAAAUAUGGAUGGGAUGGCAAUGUGAAAUAAUAUGUAUAAUAUUUUUACAAAGUUGUUGUUUAACUCCUCGUGCUAAUAUCGAGCUCUCGAGCAAUCGAAAGGUUCCAAAAUGGAAACUUGAGUGCCUAUUACGCCUUUGCUUCAUACGCCUGUACUAUGUAUUAAAAUUAAAAGUACAAUACACUUUUUAUUUUUACUGCCAUAUUUUAGUAUCUAGUUUGAUUUAAAUUACCUACAUUAUAAUAGGUAUGUAAUAAAUAAGUAUACACGCAUAAACUCGCCAUAUGUAAUUACUUUUAAAGUACACGUAAAAUUCCUUAUUACAUAAUUAUGAUUAUAUUAUUGAUUUUUAAUGAAUGCAUUUAAUAUUAAAAUUUGUAGAAUCGC